AAUGCAACUUAGAGUUUAGACUUUUAAAAGCAAUAAACCUUAAUUUAAUAGUUAUAAGAUUAGCUAAACGAUUAGUAAUUGCUUAUUUCUGAUUACUUUCAUAAAAUAAAAGUAUGUAAUUUCAUCUUAUGUAUAAGCAAUAUGAGCAAUAAACUUAAUGUAAAUAACUAAAUGAUUUUAUACUCAGAAAAAGGAAAGUCAAAAAUUAACAACCUGUUUUCAAUGUAGAAUUAUUUCACAGAAAACAUACUCUUGAUGUUUGUAAAUCUAGAGAAGAAAUCAUUCAUACAUCUAUUGAACCCAGGAUUCAUUCAAAAACAAUUUAUCAAAAAUAUUGAUUAUUUAUUUUAAUAAUUAAUGCUUAAAUAAUAAAAACUUAAUUAGGCUUAGGAGGAUAUCAUGAUUAAGGACCUUCAAAGAGUGGUCUAAUUGAAUGACUUACAGGCAAGAGAAAUUCUCACUUAAUUUUAAUGGAGUUUAUAAAGGGCUACAAAUCAUGUUUUAGACAUUCAAAAAUCUGGAUUAAAGGUAGAAGAGCAAUUCAAAAAGUACAUCACAAAUGGACAAUAGAUAAUUGAUGAAAAUGGAAUCAUAUCAUUUUGUAAAGAUUUAGGAAUAGAUAUAAUGGACCCUGUAAUCCUUUAUAUUUCCUAUCUAUUUAAAAGUGAGACCAUGGUAUUAUCAAUUUUUAUUUAAGGGCAUUUAUACAAAGUUUGAUUUUCUCUAUGGAUUUUAAUAAUUGGGGGUUUAAUCGACAUCUGAUUUAAAAAGAGAAUUAAAACGACUUAGGGAUGAUCUAAAAAAUAAUAAAGAAAUCCUAAAGGCGGUAUAUAAAUAUUGUUUUGAUUUCGCCAAAAAGAAAAACAGAAAAGAUAUUGACCUACCUAUAGCUUAAGGACUGUGGGAUACUCUUUUAACAAAUACCUUCCCGAUCAUGAAGAAGUUUAUGAGUUAUGUUGGCGUAUUAUGGAUCAUAUUAAAUUUAGACUAUUGAAGAGAAAGAUGUCAAGCCAAUUUCUAGAGACACUUAUUAUAUGGUUUGGGAAUUUUGUGUUUAGAUUGGUGAAGAUUUAACCAAAUAUGACUAUAAAACUGGAGCAUGGCCCACAUUUAUAGAUGGUUUCUAUUUUUAUAUUUAUCCCUAGAAUAAAUAAUGAAAAAUUUUAUUUU